AAGCAAACAAUCCUCACUCACCUGCUUUGUCUCACCAUAUUCCUUAAAAUCAUAGCAAUUUAACUUUUGUCUCAUCCAAGGCUUCAAAGACUAGACAGGAACUUAGGCAUUCUGACAAGAUCUGCAAAACGAGUUUAUCUCUCAACACCGUCAUAGACAAGACCCUCACUCAAAAAUUAUAAUAUUAUGCCCGUAGCAAUGCAGAUACUUCAAUGGGUCUCUAAAGGGUCAAAUGAUCAUGAAAUAGGGAGGAGCAACAAUAGUUCUCCCACUAACCAGAACGCAAUCAGAGAUGAAAAAGGUAAAGGAAAAGAUCUAGUUACACUGAGGCAUCAUAGGGCGUAUCGAAGAACAAAGAGAAUCGAAGGGAGGAAGCUUGGCAGCAAGAACUUGAAGAUGUUUAUUUUUAUAUGUGGAAAAGACAUUCCAAAGGCUUGUUUUUUCAGAACCCUCAACUUAAACAGAAAAGGAUACUUGAAUAGAAGAAGGCAUUUUAUUCACUCAGUGAAUAUGAAGAGAGAAGAAUUAUCCGGAGGAGUAGGAAUUACUGAAAGGGCAGAUUUUGCUGCCCAUGUAGGAAAAAAGGUUUUCCCCAUAACUGAAGCAUCAUUUUCCAAAACAACUAAAAUAAAUAACCAACGUGUCACCGCUGAAACAAAGGAUCGAACUAAAGGUGAUAGAAAGAAGCCUAUUUCAAGAAUGAAAGAGCUGCUUAGAAGGGUUGCUGCAACAAAAUCAGAGAAAAGAGAAAAUUUCUAUGAACAAAAGGUUUUACAAUUUAGAAGACAAGGAAACAUAGAAGCAAUUCCAGAUGAUGAUCAACUUAGCAGUGAAUCACCCAAGAUCAGUUUCACGUGGGAUGUGGAAACUUCUUCUGUCCACCCAGUAGCUACUUGGUCUGAAAAUGUUGAAACCAAUAUUUCGCAUUCACAGAUUUACAUCCCUUAUAAAGAGAGUGGUUGCAUCCCUUGUAGGAAAGAAAACUGGAUCACCACAGAUUCUGAAUUUGUGGUGCUGGAACUAUGAAGAGAAAGUAUCUAAGUAAAAUAUUCUAUGAUUUUAUGGAUGGUAGAACUGUUCUUUAAGCAAAUUAGCGGUCAACUUCAGAAGUCUUCUUUGUUUGGUGGAAAUCAACUUCAGAAGUUAAUGCUCUAUGUACCUAAUUUGAUAUUCCCAGAAAUUUUACUUUGAUAUUCCCAGAAAUUCUACUGCUAUACUGAAAAUAGCGAAGUUGAUGCAAAAAAUAUUUGGUAGUUCCAAUCGCCAAGUGUAUCUCAACCUAUGAAAAAAUAAUAACUACAGUUGAUUAUGUCAUAUAGAGACUAGUUAGGAACUAUGUGAUCUAGGAUUAUUUCCUACUAAUUUGUAGAUGAAUAAAAAAAAUCAUCAACAUUUAGAAGGCGUUUGGUAAGGAAGAAGUUUUUUCAUACCCACUAAUCUUGAAUCUAAGGAAUUACAAAUGCUGAGAUCCUAUGAAUAAUUAAAAUCUAUUUGAUUACUCAUAAAAAUUCUUAAGAAUAUUCAUACAGGGUUCCCAGAAAUAAAAAAAUUUCA